GCGGCGCACUAGGAAGCUUUGCUAUAAGAAAGAAAGAAAAAGAAAGCAAGCAAAGGUUGAAAAAAAGAGACGCAAAAACAUUAACGAACUCCAAACUACCGAGGACUGUUUACUGUUAAAUAAACCCAGUGUGAAUGAGCGUGGUUAUGAACACGUCUCAGCGUGACCAUGCUGAGAUCCGCCGGUUUAUUCCGUGGGCUUGAUUGCCCUUUUUACACCGGAGGUAGUGACGGCUGUAACAGACCUCACUGCCACUUCAGACACAGCAACAGCAGACAAAGAGCAUCAGCUACUGUGUAUGAGAUCAAGAAAGCUAAAGAUGGGCCGUCUGACUCGAACGACCAAGGCUAUGAUCCGUUUAACCCUGAGGUGGUCCGACCCCCUUCCAGUCCAGUGCUGGAUCCAGGACCCACGGAGCUGGAGCUGGUCAACCGUGCCAUCGAAGCAGUCCAGAGCGAAAUGGAGAAGGAGAAGAAGAAGCUGUCUCGGAUGGGCGAGCAGGGAUACGAUCCUGCAAACAGCUCUAUUAAAGCAGGUUAUGGCAGGCAGGCGGUUUCUACGUCGUCACAUAGCGAAUACGAUCCGGGGAGUUAUCAGCUGAGCCAGACGUCCGAGUACAACCCAACUCCUCGCUCCAGCAAAUACACGCUGGACUCAGAGAGCAACAGCGGCAGCCAUGCCAACUCCAUGGAGUACGUCCCUACGGCCGUCUCCAGAGCAGCAGCAGCGAAAAAAGCACCCGCUCCGACGUCCCGUGUCACCUCCACCGGCUCGUCUUCCUCAAAGAAUAAGUACACGCUGGACAAUUUAAAACCGACAACAGACAUGGAGUACGAUCCUUUGUCUAACUUUUCUGCUAAACCGGGCAGCAAGAGCACGAAGGACAUGGGGACGGAGGGAGACGGAAGGAAAAGAGGUCACCCCGGAUGGCACAAGCAAAGCACGGAUGAGGAAUACGUCCCCGUGGCGAAGAAGCCGAGACAGCUUCCGGUCGAAGAACCCCAAAAGUACACGGCCAGUUUCGGAUCCGACGAGGAAAGUUCCGGAAACGAGUAUCGUCCCACACUCGUGAGCCGGCUGCAGAGGAGGAAAAGCAGCAGCGACUUGGUGGGCGACGAGAAAAGGAAAUCUAGAGAAACAGCAGCCUGCAGACAUCCACCAGCUCAGGAAUUCCUGAUCAGCGACGAAGAAUCUGACGGCUUCGAGCCUCUCGACUCCGAGCAGCCGGACGACAAGCCGCCGAAUAAAAAGUGGACCAAGAACAGCAUCCAGGUAAAGAAACCUCAGAGCGACAAAACGGCGAAGAAAGAUAUCGUCAAGUCCGUCAAGAAGAGCGGCAGCAACAGAGAGAAAAAAGGAAGCAGCGGCGUAGAGAAGACGUCCAAGAAACCGAGUCAGGACGGCGGGAAGAAGGAGAAGAGCCAUGUCGAGAAGGUCAAGUCUAAAGAGGCAGAAAAAGGAGAGAGGGAACUAAAAUGGAAGGACGGGAAAAGCAAGAAGCCACCAGAGAAGAAGAAAGGAGAACAGGGCCACAGAGAUAAAGAGCGAAAUCUCAGCGAGGCCAAGAAACCCAAGUUAGACAAAGCCAAAUACACGGAACAGAAAAACGGGAGAACAGACAGCAGUGGACGAGAGAAGGACAAAAAGAAAAGCGGUAGCAGCAAAGACAAGAACAAGAACAGAAGCACGUCUCUGGAGAAGAAGGACGGCAAACCGACAAAGGCCAAGCCGCACUGUCUGAGUCACGCUGACCUGUUUGGGGACGAGAGCCCUGAGGAAGAGGACGCCGAGGACGAGGAAGACGAACGGGUCGUCAGGAAGUCUGCUUCGGCGUUCAAACGAGGCAGCAUGGUUAACAAGAGGAAAGCGUCGGACGCCACCGAGACGUCUUCAGAGGACGAUAUCGGGCCUGGGUACGAAGACGGUGGACACAGUGAUGACGAUGGUGAUGAUGGUGAAAGUACCGCAGACUUUUCUAUGCUUCAGGACCUAGAGUACGACUCAGAUCCUAUGGAGGAGUGUCUCAGAAUUUUUAACGAGUCCAAAUAUGUGAAGACGGAAGACAAAGGCAGGCAAAAUAAACAGCCUCCCAGAGAGAAGGAGGAAGACCAAGAAGCACAGAGCACUUUAACCACACUCUUCCCUGGUCAGAAGAAGAGAGUUUCACAUUUUAAAGUAAAAGGAAGUACGGAGACGACGAUGAACGUCUUGCCCAAGCCUCAGCGCAGACUGAGCGCUCAGGAGGUGUGUUAUCAGCGCAUGCAGAUCGCUCAGCAGCAGGCAGCACAGCUCGCCGCAUCCACCAUGAACGCAGCCCCGGUGUCACGUCCUCUCUCCAGCGCCGCAGCUUCGGGGGAGAAACGCAGAGUGAUGCACCGCCCGAACCCCGCUCUCGUCUCGGCAAAAAAACCUGUUUUGUCAGAGUCGCAGCGCAGCGUUUUAUCACCCAGCAGAACCGUUCCGGAUCAGUCGUCAAUCAGAGGGCACACGUCGGCCGCCAUGUUGCCCAAAACCGUGUCCACUUCGUCCCAGAAGAGAGUUGCACACACUCCUACGCUCAAGAGCGCUUCUAUGAAGCGGCCGGUCAUUCCCACUGAGUUUGGGGCGAAAGUGCCCACUAACGUACGUCAGCGCUACCUCAACGUCUUCAUCGAAGAAUGUCUGAAGUUUUGUCCGUCGGAGGACGUCGCUUUUCAGGCGGCUCUUGAUGAGGAGAAGCAGGUGUAUGAGCGAAGCAGCAGUAAAAACAUCUACCUGAACGUCGCAGUGAAUGUGCUGAAGAAACUGCGCAGCAAGAGCGUAACCCCUUCAGCGCCGUCCCCGCCAGCCGUCUCCCUGUCCACCAAGAAGUCGCCCGUGUCUGUACACAGGAGAUCUCAGUCUCACGAGGGAGUCCUGGGCGGCCGCCUGGCAGCUACGACCAGUUACACCAUCAACCGCGCGGGCAAACAGCAGGACGUACAGCUCAAAGGUGCAGUUCUCUACCAGAAACUGAAAGCGUACGUUUUGACUGAGGAGCAGCUGCAGGAACACAGUUACCCCAGACCUCAUCCUGAACACCUGGGUCACGCCAUCGUCUAUAACGCUCCUGAGAAGAAAAACCAAGACCCCUUCUCUAAGGUGUGCUGCCGGUGCGGAGCCGAGUACAAAGUCAACGCCAACGGCAGCUGCGUCCGCAAAGAGGAGUGUAACCACCACUGGGGCAGAUUACGCAGAUACAAGGUAUCUGGAGGCUGGGAGACGCAGUACAACUGCUGCUCGGGUGCUGUAGGCUCUCCUGGAUGUCAGGUGUCUAAACAACACGUUCAGGACGGCCGUAAGGAGUCUUUAGACGGCUACGUAAAGACCUUCAGCAAAUCCUUUUCGAAUGAUGGAAAUGCGGGAGUGUAUGCUCUGGACUGUGAGAUGUGCUACACAAAGCAGGGUUUGGAGCUGACCAGGGUGACGGUCAUCAACUCUGACCUGAAAGUGGUUUAUGACACGUUUGUGAAGCCAGAGAGCAAAGUGGUGGACUACAACACAAGGUUCUCUGGUGUGACUGAGGAGGAUCUUGAGAGUGCCACCAUGAGGCUGAGAGAUGUUCAGGCUGUCUUACUGAACAUGUUCAGCGCAGAGUCCAUCCUGAUUGGCCACAGCUUGGAGAGCGACCUCUUUGCCCUUAAGCUGCUGCACAGCACUGUCGUCGACACGGCCGUUGUCUUCCCUCACCGUCUCGGCCUGCCGUACAAACGCGCCCUGCGCAACAUCAUGGCCGAUCACCUCAAACGCAUCAUCCAGGACAACGCGGAGGGCCACGACUCCAGCGAGGACGCCGCCGCCUGCAUGGAGCUGAUGAUCUGGAAGAUCAAAGAGGAUGCCAAAGUCAAGAGAUGACCUCUGACCUCACAGGCGUCCCUGUUUUCCCAUCACACCCUGCACUGUGCGCGCAGAGAGAAAAGGCAAUGUGAAGAUGUCUUGACCGUGUUGUUGCACCAGAGAGAGAGAGAGAGAGAGUGAGAGAGAGAGUGAGGAAGAAGAAGGAAAGAUGCCACUGCUUGUCUGUAGAUUGUGAGUCGUGUGCAGAUUCGGCUGUUAAUCUGACUUCACGAGGCGAAUCCUGCCUCGAUCGACGGCUUCCUCUUCCGGAAGGGGAUCGGUGGGCGUGACUUUGUGCCCAUAUAUGGAAGUGUCUAAAAGUUUUCUCUUGCGAUUCAUCGUCAGCCUUAACGGUGAAAUCAUUUUAAAAAAUAAUGCAUUCCAGAAAUCCUGUCAGGUCAAUUCAUGCUAGUUUGUCGGUUAAGUUAAACCUCACCGAGCCUUUCUGUGGAAUCAGGACACGCCCACAUUCCCAGCUAUGGUCUUAAAGGAACACCCACUUUUGAGCUGCUGUUUGUUUGUUUUUGGGUUUUAUUUUUUCCCCCUCAAUCCAAUACAGACCGAACGACGCGCCUCGUGCGGCGGUCUGCGCUAUUUCUUUUCAGGCCGUCUCUCUCUCUUUCUCUCAGCCUCGUUUAAACUCGAAAGAGAAAAAUGACAAAAAAUACAAAUAGAAUACGCUGAGACGCGACCCGGGGUGAUGUUAUUUAUUUUUUGAUGUCUGCAUGUCAGUUUUGAUGAUGCAGGUAAAAGGAUGAGGUCACUGCCUGGAAAGGCUUUAUGUUGCACUGGAUUCGAUCCGUACAAGAACUUAGUAAGUAGGGUUUGAACGAGUUUCAUCCGUUUGCCAGUUUAUUAAGUUGUCCUUUUGGUCAGGUUCCCACCUCCUGUACGAGAUACUGACUCGAACAUCUGCUGGGAGCUUCUCAACGCGUGUCACGAACAGUCGACCUGCUGUAGUUAUUUACAUUAAAGGCGUACGACGUGACCCAAAACGAGUCGCAUCCGUUUGUAAAAAGUUAUGCAAAGCUACCAAUUUAAACGCAAAUGAAACGACGCACAACUUGGCGUGAAAAUGAACGGGUUUGAGUUAACGCGUCAGGGUUUGUUAGCAGCUUAGCAGAGACCCCCGGCUACAUACAAGAACACCCCGACCAGCAAAGGGCUUUUUGUUUUGUUUUGUUUUUUAAUUUGGUAAUGAAUGGCAAUAUACACAUAGGUGUAGGACAGGUCUGUUUUAGUGCAUCAAGUGUUAAACAGGAGCAGGUGAUUUUAUGGAACCGAACAAACGUCAGACAAAGAGCGACCAUCCGAUCGGUCGAGGAAUCGGUCAAGUAAUUGCUGUGGAAUCGAGUGGAAACUGGGUCGGUGUUCAACUGUCGCUCAAAUCAACUCCGUUGUUGGUUUAACGUGUGAACAUUUGUUGUGUGUGUGUUAGAAGGAGGUAAACGAAGGCACGGAAAUCAUGUUUACAAAUGAAACAGACUUUAAAUAAUGCACUAAACUUCAUUAUUAUUUAGGGUAUUGAGUAAGAAGUAAAAUCGAAGACAUGCCCAAAGCUCCUGAUUCGACUGCCACUGUUAGCUUAGCACUAAACACAUAUUCUUACUGUUUCACUGAUUAGUUCGUAGCUGUGACAUUAAAAGCACUUUGGCGUGUGUCUAGCGUGCGUCCGGCCAUGACGGCGUGUUUACACGUCGUUGUUGUUUACGUCUUUAAUUUAAAGACGUCCCUUUACGAAGACAGUAAACGCUCUCGAUGGUGUCUUUAAUCCACUGUCCGCUCUGUCACACGGUAUACGAGCUAAGCCACGCCUCCUCAGCCCAGAAUGCAACUCUGUACAUACAUAAAGCUUAAAGGUUAAAACGAUAGGCUGUAAAUAAAACUGUACAAAACUGUUUUGUAUCUAUUUUUUUGUUUCCUAUUAAACGAUUUAACUCAUG